AUGGCCCCUGUUCCUCUCCUCUUCCUUCUCUUCUUCCUCCACCAACCCCUCUCCUCCUCCCUCUCCGACUCCGGCGCCCUCCUGCUCCUCAAAUCUUCCUUCCUCAACCCCAACCCCGCCCUCUCCUCGUGGUCCACCCCCUCCACCCCGGCCACCUCCCACGAUGAAUCCCCCACCUCCCCCUGCACCGCCUCCUGGAUCGGCGUCCUCUGCUUGCGCGGAUUCGUCACCGGUCUCCGUCUCGCCGGUCUCGGCCUCCAAGGCACCAUCAAUAUCGAUGCUCUCUCCCACUUCCGCUCCCUCCGCUCCAUCAGCUUCAACAAUAACAACUUGUCUGGACCUCUCCCGAAUAUCGGCCGCCUCGAUGCCCUAAAAUCGAUCUAUCUUUCGAAUAACCGGUUCGCCGGUUCUAUCAAUGAUUCGCUUUUCUUAUCGAUGGAUCACCUGAAGAAGCUAUGGCUGGAUGGAAAUCUGCUUUCUGGGAGGAUUCCGUCGUCUCUCUCCAAGGUUUCCAUGCUCAUCGACCUACGUUUGGAAGGGAAUAAUUUCACCGGCGACAUACCAGCGCUGCAGCUUCCUUCUCUCCGCUACUUCAACGUCUCCAAUAAUGACCUGCAGGGGCCUAUUCCGACCUCGUUGGUCCACUUCGGAGCUGCUGCUUUCGCCGGCAAUCCAAAUCUCUGCGGGCCACCACUCCCCGGCCCGGCUUGCCCAAUCCCAACAACCUAUUUAAAAGCAGUCGAGCAGAGGGAAGGCGACUCCCACUCCGGCAAACUCGUGCUCAUCGUCCUCGGCAUUCUCCUCGUCUUCCUUGCCCUCGUCAUCGGCUACGCCGCCGUCAAAUCCCGCCGUCAAGACCAAUUCGCCGAUUCCUUCAUAGACCACCAUGACGCCGUAUCCGUUUCAGAAGCCAUGGAAGCAGCAGCCGCCGCCUCGCCGGUCCAAUUACCCUCAGCUUCCAGUUCCCGCCGCCGCAGCAAGAAGCGCAGCGGUUCAAACAGAGGAAGCGGCGGCGGCGGCGGUUCGAACCGGGGUGGCGGCUCGGAGCUGGUGAUGGUGAAUGAUGAAAAGGGAGUUUUUGGGUUGCCGGACUUGAUGAGGGCGUCGGCGGAGGUGCUUGGAAACGGAGGGCUUGGUUCCGUCUAUAAGGCGGCGAUGGACAAUGGGGUUUCCGUUGCAGUGAAGAGGAUGAGGGAGCUGAACCGAUUAAACAAGGAGGGAUUUGAUCGGGAGAUGAGGAGACUGGGGAGGCUGCAGCAUCCAAAUUUGUUGCCGCCGCUCGCUUACCAUUUUCGGAAGGAGGAGAAGCUGGUUGUGUCUGAGUAUGUUGCAAAGGGGAGCCUACUGUAUAUUCUACAUGGCGACCGAGGAGAAGAACACGCGGCGCUGGAUUGGCCGACGCGGUUGAAAAUCAUCCGAGGAAUCGCGCGCGCAAUGUCGUACCUUCACGCCGAGCUCGACUCCUACGAUCUCCCCCAUGGAAACCUGAAGACAGGCAACGUCCUCCUCGGCCCGGAUUUCGAACCCAUCCUCGCCGAUUACGGUCUCAUCGCACUCGUCAACCCCGCCGCGGCCCCCAACGUUCUCUUCGCCUUCAAAUCCCCGGAGGCCCCACACGUCUCCCCCAAAUCCGACGUGUACUGCUUCGGCGUCGUGAUCCUCGAGAUAAUCACAGGCAAAUUCCCUUCCCAAUACCUCAACAACACCAAGGGCGGGAUCGACGUCGUCCACUGGGGGGCAUCCGCCGUUGCGGAGAGGCGGGAGGCCGAUCUCAUCGACCCCCAGAUCAUGGGUCUCGCCGCCUCCGGGCCAGAGAUGAUCCGAAUGCUGCGGGUGGGCGUGGCGUGCACGAAGCUCGGGCCGGAGGAGCGUCCCGGGAUGAAGGAGGCGGCGGAGAUGGUCGAGGAGAUAGCCGACGGAGGAGGCGGUGGAAUCGAAUCUAUCAGUCCGAUCGUACCCACGCAACCGUGGCGGGAGGGCAGCUUGCGCGGGUCGCGCGACAGCCGCCGGUCGGAGAGAUCAGUCGAGGCGGCGCAGGAGCCGUGGAGCGGGGAUUUACUCAGCCUUUACUAACAACCUUCGGAUGCCCAUGAGGUUAUUAAAACUGGAGGGGUGGGGUUUCUUACUUUCUUUCGUUGUUCUUUUGCUGUAGUUAAUCUAAAACAAUUUAUUUAAACAUUUUCAAGUAAA